AUGGGCUUCGCAACCGGCUUCACUGGUGGCGUGACGCUCACCCUGUCCCUCGCCUACCUCUCUGUCCUCGCCCACCAGCGCACCCGCGAGGCCCAAAGCAAAUCACUGCGCACGCAAACGCUCAUGAUCCAGCACCUCAUCGAUCCAAUUCCGCAGCCACUGCCCCCGACCCGAUCCGAAGUCGCCGCUGCCCAGCGAGAAGCCGCCGUCGAGGUCGCCAAGCAGCGAUGGAACUCUGAGGUCGAGAACGCUGUGCGCUGGGUGCAGCACACGGACUGGGACGAGGUUCGAGAGGGCAUGGAGGGCAGAGUCGCGUACCUGUGGGCCAAGGCCACGGGCCAGUCUGUGGAGGAGGUGGAAAAGGCGAGGCGCUCCCUGGAGCCUGUGAAGAGGACGCAGAAGGCUGGCGGCGAGAUUGCAGCUGCUACGAGAGGGGCGUUUAACCAGGCCAAGGAAUCAGCUGAGAGCGUUGAGAUGACCGCCGAGAACCGGGCUCUGGACGCAAGGCUGAGAACCAAGAAGACCAUCGAGGAGACAGCUACGGAGGCCAAGGGAAUCGUUAGCGCAACUCUGGACAAGGGUCGAGAGAAGGCAAAGGAGAUUGUGGGCAAGGCCAAGACUGCCGUUGGUCUAGCAGAGGCCCAGGUGGAAGAGAUGACGGGCGACAAGGCCAAAUCGCUGAGCCCUGUGCAGCAGGCUUUGAAUCAACGAUACGAGAAGCCUUCAAAAGACACACGGACAACAGCAGAGAUUCUCAAGGAGAGAUACGUUCCACUGGACAAGCGAGACAACUCAAUUUUGCGAGGAUUGUAA